GUUUUAUCUCUGAUUUUUCUCUCUCAUUCUCUAUUUCCUGGACAUUUCUCCCAACCAAAAAAACACAAACUAUACUCGGACUCCUCCUUUUUUUCUACCUUCUUUUAGGGGUUUCUCCUUAUAGCUUUAUCAAAAUUCAUCCAAGAUUUUCCAGAAAGCUUGUGACUUGUUUCUUUCAUUAAUUACUGGCUUUUUUCAUCAAAAGUUCAACUGAUUUUCUGGUAUUUUUGAGGAUCAUAAUCAUCAUCUUGAAGAAGGUAUAAAGAAAUGGACGGAGGUGAUCCAUGGAGUUCUCGUCUUUCCUCUUCUUUCAGACGUUACCAACUACGAUCUGAGGCUUAUUUAGGAGGAGAUGAUCUAGAAGUGGAAGACGAGUACAAGCAAGAAUUUUCAUGUCCAUUUUGUGCGGAUGAGCUCGAUAUUGUGGGGCUCUUUUGCCAUAUGGAUGAUGAACAUCAGCUGGAAUUGAAAAAUGGGGUUUGCCCUGUGUGCACAAAGAGGGUGGGAACGGACAUGGUGGGUCACAUCACAAUGCAGCAUGGAAAUAUUUUGAAGGUCCAGCGCAGGAGGAGAGUACGCAGAAGCAUUCCGAAUUCUAUGUUCAACAUAUUGAGGAAGGAAUUGCGAGAAGGAAACAGGCAAUUGUUUUCUGGAGGGUCUUCUUUUGCAGUUUCCUCAUCUAAUCCUGACCCUGAUCCUCUGCUGUCUUCGUUUAUGUGUAACUCAUCCACUGCAGAAGAACUGGGGAAGGAAGAACCUCGUUUGUCUAAGGAAGUUGUCUCACUUCCACAAGUGGUAGAGGAGGCGAGUAAAAGAUCGUAAUUCAAUUAGCAUUCUCUUUCUAGUCCCAAUUCGAUCAAAUUUGUCCAAAUAUUCACAAGCCGGAGGAGCCAGUUAGUGGCAUUUCAGUGGGAUUAGGUACAAAAGGAUCACCAAAGCCUUUUCAUCUAAAUUUCAUUUUCGCGAAGAAGCAUAAUGAGAGAAGAGGUAGAUUUAAUUGUCAUCAUUAACAACGGUGGCACCAUGGUGGCAACUUUGAGAUGAAUAUGGUAGUCAUAGACUAGAAGGCAUUGUCAUUGAAAUUGAAAAGACGAUGGAGAUUCCCCCAUUAAAGGACGUGGAGAAAGAACAUGAUGGUUAUGGAGGAUGAAGAUUGCUGAAGAUAGAGAGCGAGAGCUUGUGUCAAGGCGGACAUCACAAAGUAAGGGUGUGUUUGGUAUCCAUUUUUUGAAGAUCACACUAAUGGAAACGCAUAACUCAACCCGUUACAUAUUGUUUGUUUUGACUCUAAAGUAAUCGUGUACGUUACUUUCAAGAAAUGGAGUCGUCUAAUUUGUUACCGCGCGUAAUAGUGCUGUAACAAAUCCCUUUGCUCUCUUCAUACCAAACAAAUAAUAACAAAAACACUUAUCAUUACCCUUACCUUUGUAUAUACGUUCCCUUUCCAUUACAUUUACAAUGUGUUUUCAUGAGAAUGUGGAAGCAAAUCUCAUAUAAUACUAAAUCAAAUCCUUCACUUGUUAGUUUUCGGCCCUCCCAUUCAGCAUUGCUUAAUAAACUACGACAAACUUUACUUGUAAAAAGCUCGGUUAAAUUAUUUGUUUGAAAGGUUAGAUGGGUGAUUUAUAUGC